GAUCCCAGUAAAGUUGUCGCCGUGGUCGGGGCCCAGUCAAGUAGUAUCGCUCUUAACAUUCUUCCAUCCUUAACGGAGCUCGGAAUACCACUUAUAUCUUACAGUGCGACUUCGUCUGAUUUAGAUGAUAAAAUUAAUUACCCAUAUUUUCUAAGGACGGUCCCGAGUGACACUCAACAGAGUAUCGCUAUUUAUGAAAUAGUGAAACUGCUAAAAGCUUCCCAUGUCAGUGCCAUUAAUGUAAAUAACAACUAUGGACGAAAGGGUAUCGCCAAGUUUAUCGAAUUCGCUGAGGUGAAUGGAAUUUGUGUCGAGAAGUCGAUUGAGCUGAGUGAACGUGAUGUGAAUAAAAACAUUCUACUCGACACCAUAUUCGCCUUUAGAAAGAACCAAGCUCGUUAUGUGAUAUUCUUUGGUUUAAGCUCAAUAGCGAUUGAUCUAUUGGAUACAUUAGACACAGAUAAAGAUCCAUUGGUAUUCAUAGCAAGCGAAACCUGGGGACGGAAUGUGAAAAUAAUUCAAAAUGGACGCGACAUUAAAGCACGAGGAUCGAUAACUCUCAGCGUAGAAACUUCCCAUGUAGCUUCGAACAAUUUUAAAGCAUAUUUAGAGAGUUUGACUCCGGGAACGGAUUAUCCUAAAACUUGGUUUAAUUCCUUUUGGAAAUCAGUAUUCCAAUGU